AUGGCCAUUGUGGUGGCCUACGUGCCCGAGGGGCUGCUGGCCACCGUCACGUCCCACCUGGGCACACCUGGGUCCCACUUGGACACACCUGGGUCUCACCUGGGCACACCUGGGUCACACCUGGGCACACCUGGGCCUCAUCCCACCCUCACCUGUCCCCGCACAGGUACGGCCACGGGGCUGGUGAUCAGCACGGGCGACCGCACGGUGAUCGGGCGCAUCGCCAGCCUGGCGUCGGGCGUGGAGAACGAGAAGACGCCGAUCGCGGUGGAGAUCGAGCACUUCGUGGACAUCAUCGCCGGCCUGGCCGUCUUCUUCGGCGGCACCUUCUUCGUGGUGGCCAUGCUGAUCGGCUACCCCUUCCUGCGCGCCCUCGUCUUCUUCAUGGCCAUCGUGGUGGCCUACGUGCCCGAGGGGCUGCUGGCCACCGUCACGGUGUGCCUGUCGCUGACGGCCAAGCGCCUGGCGCGCCGGAACUGCGUGGUGAAGAACCUGGAGGCGGUGGAGACGCUGGGCUCCACCUCGGUCAUCUGCUCCGACAAGACGGGCACGCUGACCCAGAACCGCAUGGCCGUGGCGCACCUGUGGUUCGACGGGCAGGUGCACGCCGCCGACACCACCGAGGACCAGUCCGUUAGAGCACACCUGAACUACUGGUUUGGACUGGUUUGGACUGGUUAUACUGGUUAUACUGGUUUGCACUGGUUUGCACUGGUUUGUACUGGUUUGGUCAAACCCAGCCAGGACGGCGUGCCCGUGGCACAGCGUGACGUCAUCGGUGACGCCUCGGAGUCGGCGCUGCUGAAGUUCGCGGAAGUGACGUCGGGGUCGGUGGCGGCCGCCAGGGGGCGCUACCCGAAGGUGGCGGAGCUGCCGUUCAACUCGAGCAACAAAUUCCAGGUGUCGGUGCACGAGGCCGGCCCCCAGCAGCUCCUGGUGCUCAAGGGCGCCCCCGAGCGGGUCCUCGAGCGCUGCCGGGGGGCGCUGCGGGGGGGGGAGGAGCGGCCGCUGGACCCCGAGUGGAGGCGGAGCCUGGAGGGGGCGUGUCUGGAGCUGGGGGGGCGGGGCGAGAGGCUCCUGGUGCUCAAGGGCCCCCCCGAGCGGGUCCUCGAGCGCUGCCGGGGGGCGCUGCGGGGGGGGGAGGAGCGGCCGCUGGACCCCGAGUGGAGGCGGAGCCUGGAGGGGGCGUGUCUGGAGCUGGGGGGGCGGGGCGAGAGGCGUGACGUCAUCGGUGACGCCUCGGAGUCGGCGCUGCUGAAGUUCGCGGAAGUGACGUCGGGGUCGGUGGCGGCCGCCAGGGGGCGCUACCCGAAGGUGGCGGAGCUGCCGUUCAACUCGAGCAACAAAUUCCAGGUGUCGGUGCACGAGGCCGGCCCCCAGCAGCUCCUGGUGUCGGUGCACGAGGCCGGCCCCCAGCAGCUCCUGGUGCUCAAGGGCGCCCCCGAGCGGGUCCUCGAGCGCUGCCGGGGGGCGCUGCGGGGGGGGGAGGAGCGGCCGCUGGACCCCGAGUGGAGGCGGAGCCUGGAGGGGGCGUGUCUGGAGCUGGGGGGGCGGGGCGAGAGGGUGAUCAUGGUGACCGGUGACCACCCGGUGACGGCCAAGGCCAUCGCGGCGCAGGUCGGGAUCAUCUCCGAGGGCAGCGAGACCCCCGAGGACGUGGCGGCGCGCCUGCACCUGCCCCUCGAGACAGGUGCAGCCCAGGUGAGGCUCAGGGGGGACAGCCAGGCGCGCGCCCGCGUGGUGACGGGCUCGGAGCUGGCGGCGCUGGCUCUCCAGGCGCGCGCCCGCGUGGUGACGGGCUCGGAGCUGGCGGCGCUGGCCCCGGGCGCGCUCGAGGAGCUGCUCCGCGCCCACCCCGAGAUGGUUUUCGCCCAUUUUCCCCCCGUUUUCCCCCAGGGCGCCAUCGUGGCGGUGACGGGCGACGGCGUCAACGACUCGCCGGCGCUGAAGAAAGCCGACAUCGGCGUGGCCAUGGGCAUCGCCGGCUCCGACGCCGCCAAGAACGCGGCCGACAUGAUCCUGCUGGACGACAACUUCGCCUCCAUCGUCACCGGCGUGGAGCAAGGCCGGCUGAUCUUCGACAACCUGAAGAAGUCGAUCGCGUACACGCUGACCAAGAACAUUCCGGAGCUGACGCCGUACCUGAUCUACAUCACGGCCAGCGUGCCCCUCCCGCUGGGCUGCAUCACCAUCCUCUUCAUCGAGCUGUGCCCACCUGCGCAGUUCCCGUCGGUGUCGCUGGCCUACGAGCGCGCCGAGAGCGACAUCAUGCACCUGCGGCCGCGCAACCCCCGGCGCGACCGAUUGGUCAACGAGCCCCUGGCGGCCUACUCCUACUUCCAGAUCGGUGCGAUCCAGUCCUUCGCGGGGUUCGUGGAUUACUUCGUGGCCAUGGCGCAGGAGGGCUGGUGGCCGCUGCUGGUGCUGGGGCUGCGGCCGCGCUGGGAGGACGCGCACGAGCAGGAGCUGCAGGACAGCUACGGGCAGCAGUGGGUGCGUGGGCGCACCUGGGGGCACCUGGGCGCAC